AGUUAUAGUAGUUGUCCUUUGCGGCAAAGCUCUACGCAACCAGUCAGUUAUUCAAAGCGACGAUCCCGAUUGUUAGCCGCGGCCGAGAAGAGAAAAAAUGACGGAGGCAGUAAUCAGGAACAAGCCAGGAAUGGCUAGCGUGAAGGACAUGCCUCUCCUUCAAGACGGUCCUCCACCUGGUGGUUUCGCUCCCGUCCGUUACGCCCGUCGUAUCCCCACCAAGGGUCCCAGCGCUAUUGCCAUCUUCUUAACCACUUUCGGCGCUUUCGCUUGGGGUAUGUACCAGGUUGGCGAGGGCAACAAGAAGCGCCGGGUAAUCAAGGAAGAGAAAUAUGCUGCUCGCAGAGCUAUACUGCCUUUGCUGCAAGCUGAAGAGGAUGAAAGAUUUGUCAAAGAAUGGAAAAAGUACCUAGAAGACGAGGCCAGAAUUAUGAAGAACGUACCAGGCUGGAAAGUAGGCGAGAAUGUUUACAACUCUGGGAGAUGGAUGCCUCCUGCAACUGGUGAGCUUCGUCCUGAAGUUUGGUGAUCCAAUUUGCGGAUAGUUUGUGUUUUCAGAUCUUGUUCAUCCCUUGCUGCAGCAAAAAAAUUUCAGUUUGCUGUCUCGUUUUAGGGCACUAAUAAUAAUGUAGUGUUCCAAAUAUUUCUUUAUCCUCCAAGUGAGUGUGUCACACUAUUUGCUGCUGUUAUAAAUAUGAUUGAAGGGUCACCUUUGUGUAUGGCACUAGUAUUUUUCUUCCUCUA